AUGGAGAUAAAAGAAGGCACGAAAGAUGAGUUCUUCAACGAGUUGCUUCAAAAACUUGAGCAAAUGACGAACUGGGAUGGUCGUAAGCUCGUUAAAUACCAAGGUUUUUGGUUUCCAUUGAAUUAUCUCCGACCACUAUUAUCUGCUCAAAAGCACUUCAAAGCAAACGAUUCCGACAUAAUAUUGUCAACACUUCCUAAAUCAGGAACCACAUGGUUGAAAGCUCUCGUCUUUUCCAUUGCCAAUCGUAGUAUUUAUCCCAAUAUUGAUCAAAGCCCUUUACUCACUUCUAAUCCUCACAAACUUGUGCCUUUCAUCGAGUUCGAUCUUUAUUGGAAUGAAGAAAAUCCCGAUCUCACACACAUUCCUAGUCCGAGAAUUUUCUCAACCCACAUUCCUCUAAAUGCCCUACCUAAUUGCAUCCUCGAAUCAUCUGAAUGUAAAAUUAUCUAUAUCUGCAGGAACCCUUUGGAUCAGUUCAUCUCACACUACUAUUUCGUACUUCAAAAUUUCGUUAGUAAGGAUGCGGCCCCACUUGAGUUAGACGAGGCUUUUGACAUGUUUUGCCAGGGGGUUCCGGGCCCAGUUUUGGAGCAUAUGCUUGCAUACUGGAAUGCCCAUUUGGAGAAUCCUCGUAAAGUGUUGUUUCUAAAGUAUGAAGAUUUGAAAGAUAAUAUUGGUUUCAAUGUAAAGAAGAUUGCUGAGUUUCUAGGGUUUCCAUUUUCGUUGGAGGAAGAAGAGCAAGGCUUGAUUGAUGAAAUAUCUAGGGUUUGCAGCUUUGGAAAUUUGAAGAAUUUGGAGGUGAACAAGAAUGGAUAUGUUAUGGAUGGUUUACUGAAAAAUAGUUCCUACUUUAGAAAAGGAGAAGUUGGAGAUUGGACCAAUUAUCUGACUCCUGCCAUGGCUGAACGCAUGAAAAAACUCAUGGAGAUUAAGUUCCAGGGCUCUGGUUUAAUGUUCAACAUCUAA